AUGGAUUUUAUUGAGCAGACAAUACACAACGAGUUGGCCAAUUCGUCUUCAUUUUACCGUUUAGUCUACUCAGAGAUAGAAGAAGUUGGGUGGGAGCAUCUGGUUCGUUUCAGUGGAGAUUUAAAGUUUCUUAGUUUUCGCAUUAUAGAUAAGAAGGGAAGAGUGCAUAUCAUGGAAAUUCAGUUGGAUAAAACCUAUCCACAAAAUCCACCUUCGGUUUCUGCGGAGGUACCAUACAUAUUCAAUGUUAAAUGGUCAAUGAACUCAAGAUUGAAAGAUUUAGUGCAACAGUUCCGAGAGCACUUAGAGAAGCUUCAGGAAUUUUGGUCUACCUUGGAUGAUAUUGAUCAUUCUCUUCGGGUCACUAAUAAGAAACAGUUGUCUCGCGCCACAACUUGUCGCGAAAUUGAUAUAGGAAAUGAUUGUUUGAUAAUGUUGUCUAUAAAUGCCAAAGAUCCAAGAUCUUUGCCAGAGUGUCGCUUUAUGGGCUCAGGUCCAAUGGUAAAUCCUGUGAGAAAGUUAUGGCUAAGAAAUAGCAAACGAUGGAUGAAGGAUAAAACACUUCCUGAAAGUCUUGCAUUUAUUUUGGAGACUGAACUACCAAGACCAUCACAUGUCCUGGAGAAGGAUCAGCAAGUUGAAUGUGGAAUCUGUUAUGCUCAAUACCUUCCCAUUGAUGAGGAGCUUGGAACUACGAGUGGUGCUGGAACUGACCAUACAUGUGAUAAUACCAGUUGUGGUAGGGCUUUCCAUACUGUGUGUCUGGUGGACUGGUUGCGCUCUAUCACCACUACUAGGCAAUCGUUUGAUGUACUGUUUGGUAAUUGUCCAUACUGUUCCGAGCCUGUUGCAGUCAAACUGAACAGUACAAAGAGGCAUGCCUAG